UUGUAUGUAUGGUUUUUAUUUAUCUGGGUAGAAGUAUAGUAAAUUACAAUUGUCUCCUCACACUUUUGGUCAUAACUAUAGGUCAUUUUCUAUUCAUUGUGUCCACGCUUUGUUUGACUAUAUUGCUAUACCGACUAAUUUGCCUUCUAUGUAAUAAGAAAGCAUUAUGUUACACUGCAGAUUAUUCUCAAAUGUUAAAUCUUUAUUUUGAAAAGUUGAGGACAAAAGAUGAAGGUUUUUGACUACUACAGUAUAAGGCUAAUAUGUUGCCAGCUCACUUAUUUUGUAAAUGUAAAUAUCAUUAGUGUUUUGUAAAAUGUGCAGGUCAAAUCAAAUCAUUACUACUUAAACGUGUGUUUGUUGCCUUGCAGGUGAGGUGGUCAGUGUGAGUGUGAUCAUAGAAGCUUGUCAGAUCAAUCUAUGCUCAGAGGAGCACACACUGCUACCUGGCAUGUAUACUGAUCAUGAUCUCCUGCUCUGGACCAGCUUCCUCUCUUCACGGCCCUCCAGUGACUUCAAGUCAGAGUUCUGCUUUCUCUGCCACACGAACCAGCAGCAUGGAGGGAGGCAAGCAGAAGGCGGUGACCUUCAACAGGCUCAUGGUCAACAUUGGAGGGGAUUUUAACCCAGACACUGGGCAAUUCCGUUGUCGCGUCCCCGGGGCUUACUACUUCUCCUUCUCUGUGGGGAAAUUCCCAAAGAAAAUGCUUUCUGUGAUACUGGCGAAGAACGGAGAGGAGGUGCAGGCCAUAGCAUAUGACGACUACCGCAAGAAAGGAAGGAAAAUUCAAAGCCAAAGUGUUAUGAUCAAUUUAAAGGAAAUGGACACAGUGUGGCUGCUUUUGCAGCGGAGUCCUCAAUAUGCUUUGUACAGCAACGCUGGCCCUUACAUUGCCUUCUCUGGUUACCUCGUAUAUCCUGACAUCUCCCCAACCAGCUACAUCAGCAACCAUCUGUCCACAUCAGGGCCGUCCUACCCAAACUGCCCCCCUCAGGCUGACCUCUUGUCCAGAGGUCACACAUCAGAGCAGCCAAGGUCAGCCUUCUCUAUGGCACGGACGUCCACACUCAUAGGUCAGAGUAUCAAGCAGCAUGAAAAGCCACCUAUGACCUUUGAUGUGGAAUACGUCAACAUCGGGGGGCAUUUCAACAAAACCUCCGGCCUGUUCACCUGCCAAUACCCAGGCGCAUACUUCUUUGCCUUCACUGUGGGGAAACACCCUCGUAAGGCUGUUUCUGUGAAACUGAUGAGCGGGAAGGGCGAGGUGCAGGCGAUGGUGUUUGAUGAGGACACGUCGAAGAGAAGGGAGAUGCAGAGUCAGAGCCUGCUGCUGUCUCUCCGUCGGGGCGAGAGUGUGUGGCUGUACAGUCAGCAGGAUGAGCGCUACGCUGUCUACAGCAACCAGGGGAGGUACACCACCUUUUCUGGCUUCCUGGUUUACCCUGAAGCAGAAACACUCCCACUUCCCACCACCCAGGACAGAACUCAACGCUAAAUGUCUUUACCCUUCAUAACAGAGUCUGAUGUUUCUGUAGAAGAUCUGUUUAUUAUUUCUUUGUAGAUCGAGCAUAAGAAGAAUUAUGUGGUCAGUAUGGUGUUACUACGUUGGUACUGCUUUGUUUGUUUGCUUCUGUAACCCUAUAAUGUAACUCAUGGGAGGAUAUCUGUUGCCAAAUUACGCCACAAGAUGGAGCUGUAAUACAAUAAAGGACAUUAACCUGCAUGCAACAGGGUUAUUUAUGCCCUUGAAGUGUAAUUAACUGUAAGACAUCACAAUAAGAAAAAUAUAUUUUAAAUAACAACUCGUUCAUUAAGUAAUACAGUUGGGUUUUUGUUUACAGACGUAUUUACUUGUAUUGUACUUAAUUGUUUUAAAUGGAAAAAAUAGUAUUGCCUGUUGAGAAAUAUUGUGUAAAUGAUGUAGUUUAUUCAAAUCUGCUCACUGUAAAAAAUAGAUACAGAUGGGAGUGGUGUUCAUUUAAGUCAUGUCAUUGAUGUAGUAUUACGAAAUUCAAUUGAAGAUAUACCUGUAUCUCUUGUGAUGUUUUUAUUUCAAGAAACUAAAUAAAUGUAAACAAUUUACUGAAUUCA